UCCAAUUCACACAUAGAUCGAAAUUGCCCCGUUUACUCCAUUUAAAAAAUUAUCCCAUUAACACUCCAUCCUUUAUUCUAAUUAUGUUCCUAUCAUCAUACAUGCAAAUGACUUCGAAAGCAAUUCUUCUUCCUCUUCUUCUUCUUCAUAUCCGUGGAAUCGCUGCUGGGAUGACCGGUGAUGAUCGCCGGCGGAAGCUUGAGGAGGAGCAUGGGAUGAGAUUCGAUUAUUCAUUCAGUCGUGGGUUCGUAAUUGGUUAUGUAUUUUCUGUAGUCUCAAUAGUAACCAUUUUUAUGUCCUAUUGUGUUCCUUGGUCUGAUUUCAAGAAGAUAAACAAGACGAAGACUUCUUCACCCAUGACUUUGGUAAAGGCAAGGCCCAAAUACGUAGAGCUAUGAAACAGAUAUCAGACUUAGAGAAGUUGAGUACGAGAAUGAGUUUUACAGCUCUAAAUAAUGCAACUGAAUCUUUCGAUGAACACAAUCUCAUCGGCUUUGGAAAGAAGGGGAAAUUGUACAAAGCAAUACUUCCUUAUUAUGAUUGUUUAGCAGCAGUUAAAAGGUUCUAUAAUUCUCGGUGUCUGGUAAAACAAUGCUUCUCUGAGCUAAUGAUCCUAGGUAAGUUCAAACAUAUUAACAUAGUUCCUCUCCUAGGCUUUUGUAUAGAAUCAACUGAAGGCUUCUUGUAUAAAAAUAUAUGCCAAAUGGGAACCUUUACGUUGGUUGCACCCCAUGAAUAAUGAGACUAAGAUCUUGGACUUCCAUUUAAGGAUUAAAAUAGCAAUUGGGGUAGCUAGAGGCUUGGUAUGGCUCCACCAUAACAAUUUCCUUAUAAUUCAUGGUAAUUUAUGUUCUAGUUGUAUCUUGCUUGAUAGAAACUUCGAACCCAAAAUAUCAAAUUUUGGAGGAGCUACGUUCUUUUCCAAAAGUGGAUCGAAAGAGUUGCGUUUGAUUCAGAGUGAUGUCUAUAAAUAUGGUGUUCUUCUCCUCGAGUUAAUUCUAGGGCAUGAUUUUUACAUGCCAAAAGAGACUUUCAAAGAACGAAUCUCUCAUCCUUCCACAACCAUUGACACUCUCUAUCGUGCCGUUGAUAAAUCUCUUAUUGGUAGAGGAAAUGAUGCCAAAAUAUUUAGUCUUCUUGAUAUUGCACGUAGUUGUGUUAAGCCACUUCCAGAUGAAAGACCCACAAUGCUGCAAGUCUACAAAAUGCUAAUGGACGUCAAGAAAAUAAAUAAUGGCAUUGAAGAUUAUUCAGAGACAUUGACUGAAACUGAUACUACCUUUACUGGUUUUAGCGAUGAUAAUAUUGAGCUUGAGAUAAUAGAGAUAUAAAGAACAGGGUUAUGUUGGAAGUUUGGAUAUUGGUGUCACCACAUUCAUGUGUAAAUAUAUAUAUUUUUAAAUUAUCACAUUAAAAUUUGAUAUGAAAUCUGAUUAUUUAGUUCA